AGCCAGUAGCGCACGGGGUGUGCUUCUACAGCCUUCCAAACUCUAAUAAGACUUUGACUACACAUAGUGUCCGAUUUAAGACGUAGACGUAUUAAUUUUUCUGUACAGAUUUAUUUUUUUUAUGAAUGUAGUGAUUUCAUUAAGGUUUCUUUAUUAACUCACGUGUUAUAUAAAAUAACAACUUAAUUCAAAAUGCUGAAUCACUAUUAAGAUAAUUUGUUUGAUGAUCCUACAAUAUGUUAGCGCCGACGGUUAUUGUUCAGUCGACAUCUCGGCCCUCCAGUUCUAUGGGAGAAAGAGAUAGAGAACGAGAGCGAGAACCAAUUAUUUCUUCUGAUCCCAGUGAAGAAAAACAUGAACCUAAUGUAAAGGAAAUUGUAGCUCCAGUUCGUCCAAAUGUUCCUCAACAAGAAAAAUUUGAGAGUGAAGACGAAGAAGAUCGAGAAGUAUCACAACACACACAGCAAAUGGGUCGACUUGGCCCUGCAGGAUAUUGGCAAGGGGUACCAAGUAGCAGAGGAGCUAGUCCAGGUAUGGACAAUGGUAGUGAAACCUCUUCAGUAAUGCCUGCUCCUGUUCCUGGCUUAGCGGCUUCUAGGAUUUCUAAAGAUAAAUAUAAUCAUCUCUCGUAUUGGAAAGCUAGAAAGGUAACUUUUUAUAAAAAUGGUGAUACAUACUUUCCGGGAUUAGAGUUACGGUUUCGACCUGGAAGAGAUAUAGGGAAUUUGGAGGCAUUAUUUGAUAAAUUAACUAGUAGAAUGGACUUGCCACGUGGUGCAAGGUACUUGUUUUCUAUGGAUGGCAGCAGGGUUAUUAGUUUAGAUCAGUUAGAAGAUGAUCAAUCAUAUGUGGUUUCAUCUUAUAAAAAUUUUAAGAGCACAAGUUAUGGUAAAAAGACUGGUGGUUGGAACUCGACGACCACGCCAGGUUGGUCAAGACAAGCUUCUCUGAGCAGAAAACCUUCAGUUAUUGAUACUAAUGAUUUAAGUACAGCGACUUCUGGACUAAACAUAUCAAAGACAUCUACAACUAGAGUAAUACGGAUCAUCAAUAACUUUGAUCACACUGUUCAGUGUCGUGUACUUCUAAAUCUCAGAACGACUCAACCUUUCGAGGAAGUUAUUGAAGAUUUAGGGCAAGUUUUGAAAAUGAAUAACGCUAAACGCAUGCUAACUGUAUCCAACCAAGAGGUUCGGAGCUUCUCUCAAUUAAGAAAUGAGUACUCUGACGUUGAUACAUUUUACAUAACAUCUGAAUCUCGAUUGUUAUCGCCACCUUUUAGAAGAUCUCGUUCUAGAGGAGCUAUAGCAGUUGAACCAAUUAUAGCAAACCCAUCAAAUAAAAUGGAUAGACAAAGAAGAGCUCGUAGUAAAAGUCGACCUCGAGCUUUGUAUGCGGCCGAUAGCGAUAUUGUUAAAGUUCCACCCGAUUACUCCGUUUUGGAUGUAAUGAAGGAGGAUCCUAUUCGUCUUCAAAUAAGAGGCAUGAGGAGAACUUAUUUUCCGCCAAUUGUACAUCCACCAGCAGAUGAUUCACCGCCAGAUAAAAGGCUAACUUUGAGUUGGGUUUACGGUUAUAGAGGUGUAGACGCUAAAAGAAAUCUUUGGGUGUUGCCUACUGGAGAAUUAUUGUACUAUGUGGCUGCAAUUGCAGUUUUAUACGAUAGAGACGAAGAUUCUCAAAGACAUUAUAUUGGACACACAGAAGAUAUUCAAUGUAUGGAUAUUCAUCCUUCAAAAGAAAUGAUAGCAUCGGCUCAAAAAGGAGGGAAAACUCGUAAAACACAAGCCCACAUACGAAUAUGGAGUCCAGAAACAUUGUAUACUUUAUACAUUGUCGGGAAUGGAGAAUUCGAAGAAGGCGUUAGCGCACUAGCAUUUUCCCAACUUACGGGUGGAAACUACUUACUAGCUGUUGACUGUGGUCGAGAAAAAAUGUUGUCUGUAUGGCAAUGGCAAUGGGGUCAUCUGCUUGGAAAAGUUGCGACAAUGCAAACAGAGGAUGUCUUGGGUGCUGCUUUUCAUCCAUUAGAUGAUAAUUUAAUGAUAACACACGGAAAAGGUCACUUGACAUUUUGGACCAGGCGAAAGGAUGGAUUUUUUGAAAAAAUCGAUAUCAUAAAAGCACCAUCAAGGACCAUUAUCACUAGUUUACAAUUUGAACAAGAAGGAGAUGUCAUUACAGCCGAUGGCGAUGGGUUUAUUACAGUCUAUUCUGUAGACAGUGAUGGUGCCUACUAUGUUAGAAUGGAGUUUGAAGCUCACAAUAAAGGUAUAAAUGCUUUAAUAAUGUUACCAGAAGGAACUUUGUUGUCUGGAGGCGAUAAGGACCGAAAAAUUAUUGCUUGGGACUCUUUACAAAACUAUAAUAAAAUUACUGAAACAAAACUUGCUGAAAUAUUUGGUGGAGUAAGAAGCUUGUGUCCCCAACGUCCGGGAAGAAAUGAUGGUAAUAUUUAUGUAGGAACAAUUAAAAAUAACGUUCUAGAAGGGUCUAUGCAAAGGAGAUUUAAUAGAAUUAUUUUUGGACAUAAUAAACAAUUAUUGGGCUUAGCAGCUCAUCCAGACGACGAUCUUUUUGCCACUGCCGGUUGUGAUAAAAAUAUAGCUUUAUGGAAAAGACAUGCUUUGUUGUGGAGUACUCAGUUAACAUAUGAAUGCGUGUCGCUCACUUUUCAUCCAUUUGGGGCUGCUCUUGUAGUUGGUUCGGUUGAAGGAUAUUUAAUAAUAUUAAAUGUCGAAUCAGGAGCAGUAGUUUCCAGUGUUAGAGUUUGUGGUUCUGCUUUAACAUGCAUGGGAUUUAAUCCAGCUGGUGAUACUGUAGCAGUCGGGUCACAAAAUGGUAGCUUAUACUUGUAUAGAGUGAGUAGAGACGGUCUCACUUUCAAAAAAUCUAAUAAAAUUAGAGGACUUCAACCACUCGCACACUUAGAUUGGAGUACAGAUGGUCAAUACAUACAGAGUGUAACCGCUGAGUAUGACCUUGUAUAUUGGGAUGUCAAAGGAAUGAUACAAGAAAAAAGUGCACCGGCUAUGAAAGAUGUUAAAUGGUAUACAUACAGCGCUCCUGUCGGAUAUUUAAUUUCAGGAAUUUGGCACAACAGAUUUUACCCAACAACGUCAUUAAUAAGCACUGCCAAUAGAUCAGCUGCUCAUGAUCUUUUUGUAACUGGUGAUACAGAUGGAUAUUUAAGAUUAUUCAGAUAUCCAUGCAUUCAAAAUAAAUCUGAAUACAACGAAGAAAAAGUUUACAGCGGUCAAAUAUCUUGUGUAAGAUUUUUAUACAACGAUCGGAAUGUAGUAACAGUCGGUGGAAUAGACGCAUCUCUUAUGUUGUGGGACGUAGUGGAGGAUUGAUAUUUUUAUAGUUCCAAAAUACUUUUUAAAAAAUUUUAAUGUUUCAUUAUUUUGAAUCUUGCACAAAUGAUAUUUAUUUGAAUAAUUUUUUACAAUCUUGUUUUUAAUGGACGUUUAUAGAUAGAAAUAUUAUGACUUACCAGCAUUUUAAAACCUGCCUAUUAUAUAACAUCGUCUAUAAUAUAAUUUUACAUAGAAAACGUUUCAGGUUAUCUUGGGACACAUUAAGAGUAUUAUAUGUGACGAAGUCAAACACCACUUUUAUUCUGAUUAUUCUUGUUAUGUAUUAUUCUAUUCUUUUAAAAAUCACUGCUUACCUUUUAGUGAUUUUAUUUAAAUUAUGUUAAAAUCUUAUCGAUAAAGCAAUUACAUAAUUUUUAUUUAGCAUGUGGAUGAGUCUUAGAGAAAUGUAAAUCGUUAACCAAAAACAAAAAUAAAACCUUUUAUAUUUUGACCCAGCGUUACCUAAUAUCCAAUAAACUGUAUUGGCAACUAUAAAAGCUCAUUUUAGUGAUCAGAAAAUUAUAUACUUCCUAUAAUAUUGCCACGUUUUUAUUAAAAUUAUUUACUAUUACACUAACUGGUAUUUUUAUCAUGUCAGUUGAUGUUUAAAUUUGUAAUUUUUUAAUAGUAUUAGUUGUAAAAGUAAAUAAAUUUAACAAUUUA